AUGAUAAAGAAAUUGAAAUUAGGCUUGAUUAACAAAAUGAAAGUAUACUCCUUUAUAUUUUUAGUUUAUUAAUCAGAAUUCAAAUAUUAGAUAAAUUGUGAAUAUAUUGGAUGAGGAAGUUAUCAAAUAUCGUGAGAAAGUUUCUAAUUUUUUUUAGAAAAAAAUUCUUUAUAAUAAUGCUUUAUAUUUAUAAGUAAUUAAAAUUGGUUAGAAUUAGUAGAUUAAGCAUUCUUUAGGACCACUUAGACAAAUGUAUUAGUUCCAUUUGCCAGGAGGUAAUGAAUUCAUUUUAUAAAAAGAAAUGGAUUUUUGCGGGUCUAUCUGA